UAUAGCGACUUUAUCAAAGGAAUUCAAAAACACGUUUUUCAUAUUGUUUUGUUUCCCCAAACAGCAACGCUGCAUUCGUCGUCUUUAUCAAAAUCUUUCCCAGUCUCUCUCUCUCUCCUCUCUCUCUCUCUACACAGAUUGUUUGAUACCCGAUAAUCUCUCUCUAAAAUCCAUGUCUUCGGCGGGUAUUCCGGGCGGCGGAGGAGGAGGCGUCGCCGCCGUUCCUCAUCAAUAUUUCUGCUACCAAUGCGAUCGCCACGUCUCCAUCGUCCCUCCAACCUCACCCACCGCCGAAAUCGUUUGCCCCAACUGUCAAGGCGGCUUUCUAGAAGAAUCGGAUUCUCCUCCCCCCUCAAUCGCUGAUAAUCCCAUCCAUAACCCCUUUUUCUCCGACAGUUUCCCUUCCGCCGCUCCCUUCGGUGGUUUUCCUAUCAUCCUCUCCUCCGCCGGCGCCGGCGCGGCCCAUGCCGGCUCGGCAUUCACCAUGUCCUCCGGUGGCGGAGGCGGAGGCGGUGGAUUUGAUGAUCUGUCGGCGCUUUUAGGAUCCCGAUCUCCCAAUGAAUUCAACCCUUUCUCGUUCCUUAAUAACUACAUCAAUAACCUGCAAUCGAGGGGGGCAAACAUUCAGCUUGUUUUCGAAUCGCCUGGAGGCGGUGGAUUGGGCGGCAUGGGGGCUGAUUUUCGUAUUCCUUCGAAUUUAGGGGAUUAUUUUAUUGGUCCUGGUUUGGAGCAAUUGAUUCAGCAACUCGCCGAGAAUGAUCCAAAUCGAUACGGCACACCACCUGCUUCGAAGUCAGUGGUCGAGGGUUUGCCCGAUAUAAAAAUCACAGCGGAAAUGUUGGCUUCGGAUUCUUCUCAAUGCGCAGUGUGUAAAGACAGCUUUGAGUUAAAUGAGGAGGCGAAGCAGAUUCCCUGCAAGCAUAUCUACCAUAAAGAUUGCAUCUUGCCUUGGCUUGAGUUGCAUAAUUCUUGCCCUGUUUGUAGGUACGAGUUGCCUACCGAUGAUGCUGAUUAUGAAAAUCGAAGAACGGGGCAGAAUAACAAUAACAGUGGUGGAAAUCAAGACGGUAGAAAUAAUAAUAUUAAUAAUAGCAAUCCGCAGACGCCACGUGCAAUGGAAAGGAUGUUUAGGAUAUCACUUCCAUCUAUUUUUGGGGGGUUUGGUUCACCAGCUGAGACGAGCAAUAGCGGUGGAGGAGCUGGAAAUGUUCGUGGAGGUAACAACAACAACAACAACAACAACAACAACGGUGGUGGUGGUAGUGGACCGUCUAAUUCUGGCUCGGGUAGAGGAAACCAGGCUAGAGAGGAGGAUCUCGACUGAAGUAUGUUGUUGUUUGUACUACGGUUACUUUCUUUACUUUUCGUGAUUGAGGUGAUUUACUGCUUUUAACUGUGGUUUAAUGUGAAGUUGCAAUACAUUGCUUGAAUGUACAAGGGAAAUGAGGAGAAAUUUUGGUGGGUUUUUUUUUUCUUUUUUCUUUUUGAUAUGGACAACAUGGUUGCUUAUUCAUAGUUUGAAAAAAACGUACGAUAUUGUUUUUCGUAGCCUGUGAUAUAGAUUUCCUAUGUUUAGCGUAUUGGGUAAUGAAUAAAUAAAAUGCAUAUACAUUUGAGUAUUGACCCAAGUUUGUC